GGUAUUUGUGGGACAUAACCUCUAAACUGCAGAAAGUGGUGUCGGUGGUUGCAUCAGAUUAUGGGUCCGUACGUUCACGGUGCAGAGGCGUAAUCGGAUUACACGCGGAGAGACGCAAGAAAAAUGUUCGGUUUGCGAAUUUGAAGUGCAAAUCGAUGCCGACGGACGAGAAGAUGAGCAACGCGGAGACUAGCGCUUUUGCGCGGCAGAGAUUAACUAGUAAAGACGGAGGAGAAACGGGAAAGAGUCAGACCUCACCAAACAGCAAUGAGGGUUAUAAGUUGCUAUCCGGGACCGACAGCUUUUCGAACAUCAAUGAAAGACCAGUUGACGACAUCUCGAUCGAGGUCUUUUAUACGCCACACACUAUAACCUUGUUAUUGACCUCUAUCGGAGCAGUGAUAUAUUUUGCCUUCGUUAGGGAUACCGCAAAUAUAGAGGAUAAUAUUUGGGCAGGAAUACUCUGCGUGGUUUUCUUCUUUCUUAUAAUAUCGGUAUUGACAUUCCCUAAUGGACCGUUCACAAGGCCUCAUCCGGCGGUGUGGAGAAUAGUUUUUGGCUGCAGCGUGCUCUAUUUAAUGAGCUUGCUGUUCAUGUUAUUUCAGAAUUAUGAAACGGUACGGAAGAUAUUGGUGUGGAUAGAUCCAGGCCUUGCAUCGUUUCGCAUAGAUAUGGAUAAAGAGUAUGGCGUAAAUUGCUCCGAUGUGAACUUUGAGAGAAUAUGGAGCCAUCUGGAUGUAUUCGCCUUGGCACACUUUCUGGGCUGGAUGUUCAAGGCCAUAUUGAUAAGACAUUUUGGGAUACUCUGGGCGAUCAGUGUUAUGUGGGAAGUGACAGAGAUUACAUUUGCCCACCUCCUGCCAAACUUUAUCGAGUGUUGGUGGGACGCUCUGAUACUCGAUGUGCUCAUUUGUAACGGUCUUGGCAUUUGGGUUGGGUUAAAGAUCUGCUCGAUCCUAGAGAUGCGUGAGUACAAAUGGGUCAGUAUACGUGACAUCGAGACCACUACGGGAAAGUUGAAGCGAGCGGUACUCCAAUUUACGCCUGGCAGCUGGACCUCUGUUAGGUGGCUCGAUCCGACCUGUACUCAUAUGCGAUUUGUGGCACUUUGCCAGCUGGUCAUAUUUUGGCAGGUCUCCGAACUAAAUACCUUCUUUCUUAAGCAUGUGUACGAGUUUCCACCUUCCCACCCCUUUGUUGUCAUCAGGCUAAUUCUCAUAGGGGUCAUAGUAUCGCCUUCGGUCAAACAGUACUACAUGUACGUUACGGACCCAACAUGUAAUCGGGUGGGUACCCAGUGUUGGGUAUACGGUGCGAUUAUGGUGACGGAGGCGUUGCUGUGCAUACGUCACGGAGCUGCUCUCUUUGAACGCACUCAAGCCCUAAACAUCCUCCUCUGGCUUCUUUGCCAAUCUCUAGUCUCUGUUCUCUGCGUAUAUGGUUGUGUCCUGUGGCAUCAGUACUUCGAGACGGAAAAGAAAAAUGCAUCGAUCCUGAUGGAGAAGACUCGUUCACAGACAUCUUCCAGCACCGGGGAUCUGGUUGGCCGUGCUGAAAUUAAGGAUUCCUCCAAUAAGAAGAGUAUCUGAGAUGACUUCCAGGCCCGAUUAGAGUCGAUUUAAAUGGCAGCGAGCCACUCUCGUGAUAUGCAUUCUAGUCGUAUAGCGUCGAAAGAAAAGUACUUCUUAAGUUCGUAAAGAACCGGCGCGUUUAAACGAGUAAUCGUCAGGGAAAUGCGCGAGACUUUCCGAAAUGCGGAUGACCGCCUUUCGUCUGGGGUUCUAGAAUGAUUGUUUGCAUCGAUACGUUGCGCAAUUAUUAAAAUGUUAUACUACGUACAUUAAAUAAUUAGUCUACGGGAUAUUGAAGCGCUGUCGCUUAAAUUACCUUAGGAGUCACGUGCAACGUAACAAUGUAUCACAGCGAAACAAAUAAUCGUUCCAAAUCCUUGGAAUAACCGUCUUGUGAAAAUAUCCGUGGGCCAUUGUUAAACUAUUGUCAGCUGGACUCGUUCGAAUUUUAAUUCAUAGAUUUAACUACAAGAUCUAGGAUUGCUGAAGUUUGUCUCGUUACGGGGAGAUAUCUGAAAGUAAUACAAUACAUAACAAUAUGUCUACGAAGUUAGUAUGUUACAAUUACACUAGGAAGUCAAUAUGUUAUCCAGCAUAGAGGAAAAUUGUAGCCGCGACGAGUAAUGCACUGCUUUACAAAUGCGGAAUAAAUACAAUUUAUUGUG